CCCCUCCAAACAAGAAGUGACUUUCUGGAGGCUUCAAAUCAACAGGCACCACCAAAAAGAGAAAGCAAGAGGGGGAAGAGAACAACGGCGACCGGGCCCCUGACUCCAGUUCUGACAACCCAAAGGGACUCACUUUUAGAACUGGCCAGCAAGCUGGGGCUGUGCGGAGAGGGACCACAAGACCUUUUUCUGCAUCUAACAUGGUGAAGAAAGGAGUGAAGAGGAGAACAAAGUAACUCCCGGGGGAGCGAAGAUCGAGGGUUACCCACACCACGACGGCCACCACCAGCUCCUGCCACUGCGGCCACCCACGUCCACAUUCACCGGGAGACCGAGGGGCGCGCGGCAGCGGAUCCGAGAAAGGAGCGAGAAGAGGCAGCCGGCCCUUCCGAGGAGUUAUGGAUGUUGGUGCUUUCACUUCUGGCCAGAUCCGAGCCCAGAGGGAGCUAACCAGCGGCCGCCACCUCCAGCUGUCUCCUUGCCUCGCACCGGGUCUUACCGUUCCAGUAUGUUCCUUCUGAUGAGACAAUUUCCAGUGCCGAGAGUUUCAGUACAAUGUGGAAAUGGAUACUGACACAUUGUGCCUCAGCCUUUCCCCACCUGCCCGGCUGCUGCUGCUGCUUCUUGUUGCUGUUCUUAGUGUCUUCCGUCCCUGUCACCUGCCAAGCCCUUGGUCAGGGCAUGGUGUCACCAGAGGCCACCAACUCCUCUUCUUCCUCGUCCUCCUCGUCUUUCUCCUCUCCUUCCAGUGCGGGGAGGCAUGUGCGGAGCUACAAUCACCUCCAAGGAGAUGUCCGCUGGAGAAAGCUCUUCUCUUUCACCAAGUACUUUCUCAAGAUUGAGAACGGGAAGGUCAGCGGUACCAAGAAGGAGAACUGCCCGUACAGUAUCUUGGAGAUAACAUCAGUGGAAAUUGGAGUUGUUGCCGUCAAAGCCAUUAACAGCAACUAUUAUUUAGCCAUGAACAAGAAGGGGAAACUCUAUGGCUCAAAAGAAUUUAACAAUGACUGUAAGCUGAAGGAGAGGAUUGAGGAAAACGGAUACAAUACCUAUGCAUCCUUUAACUGGCAGCACAAUGGGAGGCAAAUGUAUGUGGCAUUGAAUGGAAAAGGAGCUCCCAGGAGAGGACAGAAAACACGAAGGAAAAACACCUCAGCUCAUUUUCUUCCAAUGGUGGUACACUCAUAGAGGAAGGCAAUGUUUGUGGAUGCAGUAUAACCAAAGGCUCUUUUACCAGGCAUAGUUGGUAUUCUUCGUGAAGAUAGUAGCUCAGAAGGAAAAGACACAGUGCAAGUAUCUGCUUGGUUGAAAGAAAG